CUAAUUGAGUACCCAGUGUUGUAUAUGGAAAAUGUUGGCAUCUUCGUAACACUAUAAGUGUAAUGUCUCAAAGUACCUUAGCCUGGCUAGGGCGGACUAUUAUCUUUUCAUUGAAUUCAAUCUUUGGCUAGCUAGCAUUGGAGGGUUACUUCCGCUGGCUCGUAAAGAAAACAGCAAAACACCCGGAUGUACUUCGUAGCGCCCCCUGCUGGACGGGAGGAGCAGCGCUCGUCUUUUACGUGCUGUUGCUAGGAUACAGAGCAGCACUACAGUGUAGCUCAAGAUCAAAUAGUGUAGCAGGUAGUCCGGGACAGCUCACCUCGUGAAAAGCCUAAUUAACACAUGAAAAGUUGUGAUAAAUGGAUCUCACAAGAAAAAAAAAAAGAUGAGUGCAUCCUAUAAAUUUGAUGAUGGACAGAGAAACCCUACCAAAUGUUUCCCACCCAGGACAUUACUCAGUCGAAGGAAAGAAGGUGCUGGUCAUUGGCUCGUGGCUUAUAGAAAGGCAGAGGAGCAGAAAUACAAGAAAGUGCAUAGAAGAAUAAAAGAGACUAAUAAAGAAUGUGAGAACAACAUGGUGGCUGGUUCUCCUCGUUGUAACACAUUAGAUGGGCAUUUCCUGCUCCAGUUGCAUUGUGUUGAUAAGCCGUCUGAGGUCUGCUCUGUUGACAUCAGUGAGCAGGAACUGGAUUCUGUAAAGCCAGAAGACCUCAAGGUGUUUGACAAUGUAGCAUACAUCGAUGCAUCUAUUAACUCCCUCUCUUUAGGGUCUUUUAGCAGUUUUGUGUCUUUAAGAGAACUCAAUCUGUCAUUAAACGGGCUUUGCAACAUGACGUUUCAUGCUGCUGACUUCCCUUAUCUUGAGGUUUUGGAUUUGUCCUACAACAGUUUGUCAGCUGAUGAUAUUGUUUCCAUCGGUCGGCUUCCACAUCUAAAAGUCCUUCAUCUGACUGGAAAUCAGCUUCAUCAUCUUCCUCCUGAUCUAAGUUCCUCCAACCAUGACCCCACUCAACAGCCGGCUACAGAAGAAGACACACAGUUUAAAGCUCUUGAAGUCCUGAUGCUUGACGAUAACAAACUGACCUCUGGAGCCUUCAACAGUCUUGCAAACCUUAAGAGGCUAAAGUGUUUAAACCUGCAGGGGAACCGCAUUUCUGAAAUACCGUAUUUGCAACUCGCGGGCUGCUCCAACCCUCGGCAGACUUCUAUUGAAGAGCAAACUGAAGAAGAGGGACCUGCCCACACUGAGACAAAUCCUAACACCGUUGAAAAUGUCAAGAGAAUCUCACAGGAAAACUGUGAGGAGGAGAACUGCAAAAGAUCCACUUUCCCACUACCGGAGCUUCAGUUCCUCAAUUUAGCCGACAACAAGAUAGCAGAGGAGGAAGCGCUGAUGGCUGCCACUCUUUUCCCGAUGCUUCGAGAAAUUGACAUUCACUCCAACCCUCUGACCACAAAGAGAAGUGGAGACCCUCCCUUACUGACCCAUUACCUCCAAGAGAGACUGGGGAUUACGAUAAAGCGUAAGAAGACACAACAGGUGGUGAAGCGUCCACUGAAGGUGUCCGCUGAUCCUAAAUGGAAGUUUGUGGAAGAAAGAAUCCCAAAGGUGUCAAAGAAGCCAUUGUUGAUGGAUGCGCCCUGUCCUGCUCAAACUCAGGUUGAGAAAAGUGAGGUGAAUUUUAAGAGAACAUCAGAAUCUGAGGAUAGCGGAGACGACACCAUCCAAGAAAAUACAGAGCGCUUCUUUGUUACUCAGGUAACAGAUGUUCCUGAAUAUGAGUUCGAUCUUCAAGUUGAUGAGAGAGAAACUGCAGAACACAAGGACGAUGCCAUUCCUGAAAGAUUGAUGGAUGCAAAACCAAAUCCUGAUGUGGUGGAGCCUAUCGGAAUUCAAACCGCUGUUCGGAUGCUGGAACACAAACUGAAGAAUCUCAAUGUUUACAGAGACUCCAAACCAAAGCUUGAUAGCAUCCAGAUGCCGUACAGAGAAAGAGAGAAAAGGGAACUUCCACCUUUGAAGCCAAUGAAGCAGCCAACUGAUAGGGUUGAUGAAAUGAUCAAGGAAAUGAAGGAGAGAACAACGAUCAGCAAAGUGCCCUUAAGCAACGCCAUACACGGUACAGGUGUUAGCAAGCAAGAGCAUAAGGAAGCUCUGUCUCUGCUGAGGGACAUGGAGACAAGGCACAAGAUGGUCCAUAAGAGAACAAUGGAACAAGCAGCCAGCAUCGAGUCUGAUAGAAACACCAGCCGAAACAGAGCUGAACCUCCACCUAUGCAGAGGCCCUCAAGUGCUUAGCUAAACUGUGAUUUUCUUUCUGCCUUGAAUAACAGCUUGUUGAUGUUUGUGUGAGUGGAAUUGAUGAGAAAACCAAUCAUGUCAAAAAUAAAAGUAGUGGUUGCAUGUU